AUGGCGCGAAUGGGAAAGCGGGCAACUCGAGUCGGGUGCGACGGCGAGUCGGCGCCGAGCACGGAUUUGGUUGACGCCGUUGAGAUCCAUCCACAUGAUAAGAUCGCUGCGUGGAGAGAGAAACUGAAGAAGGACUGGUUGUUCGACGCUCCUGAUGAGUUCUUUGCUAUACACAGCUUGGCGGCACAUCUCAACCACUCCAAUCCAUCUCGCGCGUUUGUUGAAGCGCUUAGCAUGGAGCUCACGGGUCCUUUUGAUGUGCUUUCGGCAGCGUGGACACAUCUUGACUUUCCUACUCACGAAUACCUUCACGGGCGAUGCUAUUACGACCCGCCCGAAGUGAUUACAGUCGCACGGAGCGACUCCAUGUCAUUUGGCUAUUUCAGGGAUGACCCAUCCGAUGUUCCGAAAUACGUCGUCAAAGGAAGAGAAUCCUCAGGAUCGUUCGACUUCGUCCACGAAUGCUUUGCCCACGUACUCUUUGACCGGUUGGAAGGAGCAACCAAGCCGCAUCCCCACCUCACAACCAUUCGAGCAUUCCUAACGACGCAAUACGGUUGUUGUGUGGCGCCGGCGAGUACUCCGAAGCACAAGCGACAGAAGACCUCGACCUCAUCACUUGCUAGUCGCGAGAGUUGCCAGUGUCGACGACGUGCAGAACAGGUGGCUCCGACAUUAAGCGGGCUUGGCAUCGUCGUUCCUGUUCAUGCCAUAUCCCGCAUUGGGUUUCGUGACCUCCCGGUGACACACAGCAAGUUGCGAAAGCUCCUGGAGGCGCCGACACGAGAUAAAGCUGUCGACGACCUCAUCACUCGGGCAACGAUUGCAUGCGACGAGUGUGACUUUGGGACAGCUCUGCAACUGGGCUUGGAUCUUUGGACUCAAGGCGCCAAGUUUGAAGUCGAGGCCGUUGCGCUUCUCGAGAGCGCUUACAUGAUGCUGCGUCGCAUUCCGUUCGGCGUCCUCGCCCGUCGUCACGUCGAGCACCGCAGGCUGCCGUCGAGUCCUUCAAAAUAAAGAAUUAGACUGGGAAUUUCUCUGUAACCGUCGUGCAUACUGAAACCGUCUGUCG